AUGACUGUAACAACUUAUGAUAAUGCUAAUAAUAUUUUAUCACCAUCACCUGAAAGAAGAGUAAAAUUUUCUAUAGAAGAUUAUGAUGAAGAACCUGAUUUAAAUGAAGAUGAAAAAAAAGAAAGAAAAGAAAAAUAUAUAAAAUUAUGGAAACAAACUGCUCGCAAAGCAUUAGAUCUUUUAAAAGAUCCAUGGGCUAAGUAUAAUAUUCAUUUACAACCAACAAAAAAAGCUGUAAGAUAUCGUUAUAAUGCUAUGACAAAAAAAUGGAAAAAAGAUGAAGUUUUUGUAAAAAUGGAAGAUAAGCCAUUUGCUAAUGGUGCAAUGCGGGAAUGUUUUAGAUUAAAAAAAAUAUCUAAUUUUGCUUAUGAUACUGAUUGGAAAUUAGCAAUGAAUUAUGUUUGUAAGAGAUAUAUACAAAAUGUUGAUAGAAAUGUUAUUUUUGAAGAUGUUAAACUUCAAAUGGAUAGUAAAUUAUGGGCUGAAGAAUUUAAUAGACAUAAUCCACCUAAAAAAAUUGAUAUUAUUCAAAUGUCAAUAUUAGAAUUUGUUGAAGAAGAAGGAUCACCAUUAUAUCAUUUAGAACAUUUUAUUGAAGGUCAAUAUAUUAAAUAUAAUUCAAAUUCUGGUUUUGUUUCUGAAAUUAUGAGAAUGACACCACAAGCAUUUAGUCAUUUUACAUUUGAAAGAAGUGGCCAUCAAUUAAUUGUUGUUGAUAUUCAAGGUGUUGAUGAUUUAUAUACAGAUCCACAAAUUCAUACAGUUACUGGUACAGAUUAUGGUGAUGGUAAUUUAGGAACACGAGGUAUGGCAUUAUUUUUUUAUUCACAUCAAUGUAAUGAAAUAUGUUUACUUAUGAAAUUAACAGAAUUUGAUUUUUCUAUUAGUGAAAAAAUGGAAAGAUCAUCAUUUGCCAAUGGUUAUUUUACUUUAUCUGAUCCAUCAACAAAAUUUACAACAUUAACACAUUCUUCACUUGAUAAAUGCGAACCAUUAGUUAAUUUUAAAGAAGAUGCUAUGGAAAAUUUACGUCGAAGGAUUUUAUCUGUAAAUAGUGAUAAGCCAUUAGAUAAAAAUUAUUCAAGUGAACAUUCUGAUAAAUGUAUAUGUGAUACUUGUAUAGAAAAAGAUGAUUUUUUAAUGAAUAAAGAUGAAUAUUUAAGAAAUAAAGAUGAUUCUAUAAUAAGUGAAGAUGAUAAUGAUUUAUUUGAAAAUUGGAAUAAUAAAAGUGAUAAUGGUGAAGAUUCUAAUGAAAGUGAUAGUGAUUUAAAAAGAAGACGACGAUAUUAUAGUUCUAAUAGUCUUGGUUCAGACUCUAAAAAUACAGAAGCUGAAAGAUUUGCUAGUGCUAUAAGAAAAUUUUCAAGACCAGCUGGUUUAUUAAUGCCUAAUGUAUCAGAUGAAAUAUUAAAUGCACUUAAAAAUGGUAAUUCAUUAUAUGUUCUUGGUCAAGUACACCUUGAUAUGGCUAGAUAUUAUGAAAUUGGAAAAUUCUCAGAACUAACACUAGGAAAUAGAUUAUUAAAUCCAGAUGAUAAGGAUGUAGAAUAUUCAUUAACACAUGAUGUUGGUUAUAAUAAAUCAGCAGCCAUUUUUCAUUUAAAUGUAGCCAGAAAAUGUGGUGUUUUAGAAGCAAUUAAGACGAUGGCAGAUAUAGCAUAUGAUUUACCUCAUGAUUUAUUAAAAGACGUCAAAUCCAAUGACUUAAAAUAUGAAGUAUUAAAAAAUACAGAUGAUAAGAUUGAGUUUGCAUUUAAAAUGAUGGAAUUAGCAGCAGAGAUGUCUGAAAGAAAUGCAAUUCAUUUUGUAGCUUAUUCUUAUGAGACUGGUUUAAAUUUACCAAAUAAUAAAAAAAUUGAUUGGUGUAAGGCAAUGUAUUGGUAUGAAAAAGCAUUAGAAUAUUAUGUCAUGGAUGAUUAUGAUUCUUCAGAGAAUAAUGUAAAUAAAAAAGAUAUGACAUUUGUAUGUCCACAAUAUGAAAUAUUAGCUAAGAUGGGGCAAAUGUUAAAUGAAGGAGGUUUUGGUUUGGAACGUAAUGGUAAGGAAGCUUAUAAUUUAUACACAGAAGCUGCAGAAUGUGCUCUUGAAGCAAUGAAAGGAAAAUUAGCUACAAAAUAUUAUGAAUUAGCUGAAAUGUGUGAAUGUGAUGAGUAA